CGCUUUCGUCUAUAUAAGGGCGUCCCGGCCCCGCGGCCCCGGCCCCGCCGCAUUCUUCUGCCUUGUAUGGGCCGGGCCGGGCCGGGCCGGGACCCUGGGCCCACCCGCCCCGCGGAGCCGCGUCCCGCAGAGCAGCCCCGGCCCCGCAGCUCCCGCACGUCCCGCAGCUCCGGCAGCGCCCGCGGCUCCCCGCUCCGGGACAGGCUCUCUGCGGUUGUAGGAGGAGUUUGCGGCCACCUCCCCCCUCCGAGGCGCUGCGGCCACAUUCCCCCGCCGAGGUACUUCCCCAGCCACCAAGAUGUCCAGCAAACGUGCCAAAGCCAAGACCACCAAGAAGCGCCCCCAGCGCGCCACCUCCAACGUCUUUGCCAUGUUCGACCAGUCCCAGAUCCAGGAGUUCAAGGAGGCUUUCAACAUGAUUGACCAGAACCGCGAUGGCUUCAUUGACAAGGAGGAUCUGCACGACAUGCUGGCUUCCCUUGGGAAGAACCCCACUGACGAGUACCUGGAGGGGAUGAUGAGCGAGGCACCGGGGCCCAUCAACUUCACCAUGUUCCUCACCAUGUUUGGGGAGAAGCUGAACGGCACCGACCCCGAGGACGUGAUCCGCAACGCCUUCGCCUGCUUUGACGAGGAGGCCUCAGGCUUCAUCCACGAGGACCACCUGCGUGAGCUGCUGACCACCAUGGGGGACAGGUUCACUGACGAGGAGGUGGAUGAGAUGUACCGGGAGGCGCCCAUCGACAAAAAGGGCAACUUCAACUACGUGGAGUUCACCCGCAUCCUGAAGCACGGGGCCAAGGACAAGGACGAUUAGAGCCCGCGGCCACUCACCCCUACUGCCCCAUCCCCUGCACAUCCCCUGCCCCCUGGCCCCCUUGCUGCCCCACAGCAGACUCCUCCCACAGGAAACACCUUCCAGGAUCAUCACCCUGCAUCAGGACAUGGCUGGAGGGGAGACGCUCCCAUCACUGUGCUGGGCGUGCCCUUCCAGCCUCCCCCUCACAUCACCUCUCCUGCCCUCUGGGCACCCCAGCCUUGCCACUGACCCCCUCAAAGCCACUAUGCCACUGGUCCCGGGGCUGGGGUGAGCAUCCCCUGCUGCCCUGCAGGGGUUUGAGCUGGCUCCAGCCUGAGCAAGCCCCAUUCAGAGCCAUAGCACAGAGGAAAAGCCUCUCUGCCUCUCCUCCCACACUCCCCCUUCAGGAAAGAUCCCCCACUUUGUUCCUCCUCCCUGGCUGUUUUAUGGCUUUGGAGCCUGAGAUCUGAGGGAUUCAGGAAGCUGGAGGGGUGUAUAAAGCCUGAUGGGUGUGACAGACGUGUGCUGUGUGGCUGCCUUGUGCUCCCCGGGCUGUGCCCAGUGCCUUGGGAAGGUGGGUUUGGUUGGGCACUGCAGCUCCUCGCCUUGCUGCCCUUGUCAGCCAGUGCCCCUUGCAAUGGGGCAGCCUGGUUUUGAAGCCAAAUUGCUCUCAAAUGAUGUAAAAUCAGCUUGAGCAUCAUUUUCUGCCUUUAGCUGGUGGGCUGAAGGUCGUUGUGCUCAGCCCCUGUAUCAGGAUGGGCUGAGAGACAUGAGGUGCCAGCCAUGCUCCCCACAUCAACUGUCCCAGGGUGCCAGGGGCUUGGCUACCCUUCUGUGUCACCCUGCAUGGGUGGGGGAACAAGAGACAGAGAGGAUAAGAAAUGGGGAGGAGCUUUGUCCCCUUGGUUUGGUUAUUUGUCACCUCCCUGACAAGGAUGUGGGAGCAUGGGGCGCUCCCACCUUGUGAAGCUGUGGUCUGAAAACGCUGCUUGAAGGCUGCCCUGGAGGGAGGCACAAGUUCCAGCAAUUCCUUAUUUAAAAUGGGGGGACAAACCUACAAAACCUGGUGAGGGCAUAGUGCACGGCAGAGGUGCUACCAGUGCUUGGUAGGGUCUGUGGGAGCUCCAUGGGCAUAGGCUGGGCUCAGAGGCCUCAGAGACACUCCAGGCCCCAGGUGCUGCUCUCUCACCUGGGAGGUGAUCCAUGAAUGAAAAGCUUCUCCUUGGUCUCAGUGUUCCUAUUUUGCAGGCACUACCAACACCAGGAAAAAUAAAGCAAAUUGUCAGACGUG